AUAGCGCCUGCGUAGUGGCGGGAGCUGUGCCGCGUUUUGCGCAGGCUUAGUGGGCGGAGAAAAGGUCUGGUUCCAGGAUUGGUCGCGCAGGCGCAGGAAACGAUCCGUUUUGGCGGGCGGUUGGCGUUGCGCAGAAGACGGUGGCAGUGGUGGCUUGUGGUCUGGCCUCAUCAUAGAGGAACAGGGAAGACAUUAGCGUGAGUGAUCGGUGUCGAUUCCGGGAACCCAGUGGCCUUAGUCCUUCAGGUGGAACAGCGUGCGACAUGGGAAAGAAAACCAAGCGAACAGCUGACAGUUCUUCUUCAGAGGAUGAGGAGGAGUACGUCGUGGAGAAGGUGCUAGAUAGGCGUGUGGUUAAGGGGCAAGUGGAAUAUCUACUGAAGUGGAAAGGCUUUUCUGAGGAGCACAAUACUUGGGAACCUGAGAAAAAUUUGGAUUGCCCUGAGCUAAUUUCUGAGUUUAUGAAAAAGUAUAAGAAGAUGAAGGAGGGUGAAAAUAAUAAACCCAGGGAAAAAUCAGAAAGUAACAAGAGGAAAUCCAGUUUCUCGAACAGUGCUGAUGAUAUCAAAUCUAAAAAAAAGAGAGAGCAAAGCAAUGAUAUUGCUCGGGGCUUUGAGAGAGGACUGGAACCAGAAAAGAUCAUUGGGGCAACAGAUUCCUGUGGUGAUUUAAUGUUCCUAAUGAAAUGGAAAGACACAGAUGAAGCAGACCUGGUCCUUGCAAAAGAAGCUAAUGUAAAAUGUCCACAGAUUGUGAUAGCAUUUUAUGAAGAAAGACUGACGUGGCAUGCAUAUCCCGAGGAUGCGGAAAACAAAGAAAAAGAAACAGCAAAGAGCUAAAAGAGGGGCUAGUCUCUGUCAUUUCUCUUUGUACAUAGUACAUUUACUUCCUUGCCUCCUCUCCCUUAUACCUGCCCCUUCUAUCCUAAACAUAUUCAUAAAAAAUGUGCUUAUCACUGUGCUCCACAGGAGAAAUGUUGGUAUUGGUUCUCUUGUAACAUAACUGAUGGUCUGAUUCAUGAUCAGUGUCUCUCUGUGAAGACCAGGCAUUUACAUACUGUGUGUAAUUCCCACAUUUUUUCCUUUGCCCUCAUCUCUUCUACUCCCCUGUGACCUCAAGAUGAGUUUUAACUUUGUAAUCACCUUAGAGUCUUGAUCUUUUCAGGGUUGGUCACUUUUUAGAUUGGGGGAUUGGGGGGUUUUGUUACAAUGAUGAUGCAUUUUGGUUCUUAAAACAUGUUGAUGACUAGCUAGCCUUUGUUUGUGAUGUUGGGAUGGAAAAGAUGUUGCCCACCUUUUUAAAAAGCCAAUCGCAACUUCCUACCUGUUGGGGCUUUCCCAAUCUCAUUCAGCUCUACCCAGGAAUGCAGGGUUCCUGGUAUGGUCUUCUGGGCCACUGUCUGUAGUUCACCCUUACCCAGCCUCCCAGAAUAGCUCCAUCCUUUGGAGCAGUUGAAAUUUUACAUUUAGAUUUGUCAAGGCACUCUUUUUUAGCCCCAGGACUUGUGGCUUUGUUUCUUAGCAAUACCUGCUUCUGCUUCUGCAAGGUGGUGUAGUCUGUCAUAAAAUGGCAAGAUUAUUAACUGUGGAGUUUUUUAGCUGUUAGUACAUGAAGAUGAUGGGGUAGGAUACAAUUGUCUUUUUUAUCACAUAUGAUAUAUAUGUAUUAUUUACUUCCACCCCUCACUUUUGGACUAUAUAUUUAUGUAGGUGUGAGUGACUGCCUGGUGCUUGCUUGUGCCAAGGUGCUAGGCACCCUCCAACCCUGCCAACCUCUGUGGCCUCCCAAAGCAUUCCUGUUAACCAAAGAGGCUUCAAACCUGACUUUCACUUCUCAGUGGACCCAAGUUUCCCCUCCAUGCCAUUAUUUUAAUGGGGAAUUCUUGGAGGGGAGUCAUUGGCCACACUAUCAAUUUUAAAUAUUCAUAGCAUUUAUAGUCAUAAAUGUUGUCUUUGUUGACUCCUGGGUUUGCCAAGAGUCCCCAAAGUAUUAGUGUUCUUCCUUUUUCCACCCUAAAACUCUUACCUGUAUCUUUUUAAAAAUGCAUUUCCAUGGAAGACUAUUCACCUCAGAGAGUAAUAGCCCCUGGCAUUAGCAUGUUGACACAACCUUCUCUCCCUACUCAGCAAAAUAUUUCUCUUUUAGCUUCCUCCUGAUUUGCCAUUAGAUUGAGAGUUUAUUUUUCUGAUCAUAUCCUGUCUUUGUCUCCAGUGAAAUGCCCUACUUCUAUAUACUUUUCUUUCCUGUGGGUGAUGGGGUCUAGAGAAUCAAGACUAAAGUAAGGAAAUAGCAGGGUUUUGAGCAUCCUUGUUCUAGCCCAAAGCUGAGGAAAUGAUAAUAAAUGCUUGAAAUAGCCUUAACUCUAGAGUUCACCAGCCAUUGAGGUUAUUUUGUUCUUGCUUUGAUUUUUAAAAUAGAGCUGACCAGGAGCAGUCGAUCAUUUCUAGAUUAUUCAGAGUAAUGAGGGAAAUGAAUAGAUUGCUCUAGUCCACAGAUGAGCUGAAUAAUAUGCAAAUCAUAUACCCAUUCAUAGCAUUUGUUAACAUUGCUUCCCAGCUCAGCUGCUGAUUGAAUUCUGUAUGGUUGUAUAAAUUAUGUCAACAAUUAUACUGCCCCGUUGAAAAGACAGCUGUUGCUGCAAUGAUGUGACAGACUGGAACAGAGAAGAUUUUGGUUUAAGUUAUCCAGUUAAAUCCUCCCAAAUGGUAAUGUGAUUUGGUAGGAACUCAUAACCCAUACCUCCAUUUUCUUUUGCUCUCUGAAGAAAUUAAAGACCUAGAUCAAGUGCUAGAUAAUUGACAGUUGUUACUACUAAUCUAUGGGCAUCUAAAAGAAAGGGUUGUCAGGAAAUAGAUCUGUCAUACAAGUAUUCAAGGAUAUCAAUUAAUAUAAACAAGGAUUGGGCAAAAGUUAGGCCAGAGCCUCUGAGGAGGUAAUCUGGGUCUUGAUUUGCAGGUGGAGAAAAGGACAGCUUAUCCAUGUAGCUGAUGUGUGUGUGUGUCUCCUAUGAGCAGCGGGCGUGUAAACUACAGUGACCAUAUUUGUAAAACCAAAUUCUAGCAUGUGGACAAAACAAUUAUUUUGUAUUGACAGCGAUUCUGAGAAACCUGGGACACAUGGUUACCAGGGUUACAGGUAAUAUUUAAGUUAUUCGUCAAAAUCUGAUUUUCUUUUCACAAAAUAACCCCAGUAUUAUCUAUUCAUCACCUUUUUAAUACCUUACUCUUUAUUCAUCUUUUCCUGUCCACAGUUUAUUGAAUCAAGGUCUUGUACUGAGUGCCACCUAAACAACAUUUGUUUUCUCCCUCUCCCUGCCUGUCCACAGGUGCUUCUAUAGGAAUAUAGGGAGCCAGAGGCUAAUAUUGAUUUCAGCCCUCAGCAGAAAGGAAACCAGAUGUCACCCUAUGCCUCCAUCUUUUGUUUUUUCAGAGAAGCUGUCCUGGCCCUUGGAGAAUUGCAUCCUCAAACAGAAAGUUGUUUUCUCCUCUCAGAAGAGUUAGUAGCUAUGGGCGAAGCACUUUUAACAUCUAGGUCUUAGGUGCUCGGUAUGUUUUUCCUGUAUUGAAUCCUUUCAGAACAUCUUCGUAAUAAUGUUUCUUUAGUAACCAGCAUUCCAGGAUCUCCCUUUCCACAGAAUAUAAUAAGAGUUUUGCCCAGCAAGAGUAUGCUAAGGUCAGUGUAGCUACUUUUUCUGAGUCCUGGGCUGGACUGAUAUCUCACAUUAAUAUUAGCUAUUAGGAACAUCAGGCCUAAUGGAAAUACCCAUUUUUAACCUGGAGAGAUCCAUAUCAUUUUUCCUCCUGUAGUCAGUAUUUGUCUGCUCAAGGAAGCAUUUGGACCUGUGGUGUUCCCUAACACUCAAGUUUUCAUGGUCCUUGGCUAUCCCCUAUAGUCGUAUCUGUGUGUUAUUUUUUGUUGUUCAUGAAAGGUUGGUCCUGUUCUCAUAGCCUGGGCAGUUACUAACUUUUUAUCCUGUUCUGUAGCCAUCCUACUGUGCAUUUACUUUAUAUUCAGGCCAAAUUAUAGGGCCUUGGGGAACGUGCUUGGGAUUUUCAUCUUGUGAUUUUGUUGGGUCUGUGUUUAGGCCAGCUCACAUAAAAUCCAGAGGAAUCUGUAUUUGGGUUGGAGAGUGAUUGUCCUUGCCCUUAGGGUUUGAGUUCAGGGAUCUAAAAUACUACUUUGCAAUGACAUGAAAACCCCAGAAAGGGUUAUGCCAUUAGAUUCAAAAUGUAGAAGUUGUUUCUUGCAAAUUAGGUUAAAGUGUAUUUUUUCUCUCAUGACUCUAUGCUUUUGGUUUAGAUUUGUAGAGUAAAAAUUACAGUGUUGAGGUCCACACCUUUGUAAUUGGACCACCAAGCAAGCAUCCCUGUAGCAAGAAAGGCCUGGACCCAGUGUAUUCCAGUUUUAUAUUGGCUUUAUCACUAAUUGUAAAAAUUAUGUAUUCAAAAAUAGAGACUUUACCAGCCUUGCAUCCAAGAACAUAUGUUAAGAAUUGAGUACCCCUCACCUAAUUAAUAAUGGCAGAUUUGUAUUGAGCCAUCCAUAUCCAGCCACAUUAGUCUAUGUCAACAUUCAUUCAACAUUUUCUGGCCUAGAGGAUACAGAGUUCAAAAAGAUGCAGUCCCUGACUUGAAAGAACUUUCAUAUUGGUGUGGGGUAAACUGACUUAAUAAUAAAAUGGAUACACAUUUCUGAUUUGGGGGCAGAGAUAGCUGUUGAUACAGUGUGUGGCUCUAAAGUAGAAGGGUAACAGUUGGUUCAUAUGUGGAAAAGACCUGUGACCUUGAAUGAACUAAAUUAACUGGCCAUAGAUGGACCACAACAAGGGCUUUAUUGCAGAAAAUAAAACUGAUAGUUAGUUUGAAAUGCUGCCAUUACUGAGUGAGAACAACAGGUGAGUGGGGAUUGAGAACCCAAGAUUUUGGUCCCUAAUUUAGGCUCUUUGCCAAAGUAUUUAAUGGCAUAGUUAAUCCCUGCUUGUGAAUAGUACUACCUGUGUUGCAGUUCCAGUUACGUGUUACAUUAUUGUGGGUUUUGUAACAUUUAUUCCUCAUGGACAUUUAACCAGAGUUGCUCAACCUUUUUCAUUUUCUCAUCCCUUUUGGAGGAAGUAACAUUAAGCUGGCUUUAAGCCUAAAAACAGGGGCAUAUUUUGAAAUGACAAGAGAUUUGCUAAAAAGAAGCCUUGAGGCACAUCUGUUAACACCUGGCAUCUAUGCUGGGCAGUGUAGUUUUUUUAUUCAACACUGCAAGAUGGUGAUUUCUAAGCAGAGAUUUGACUCAAUUAUGUGGAAACCAUUACAGGAAUAUACAUUCUCCGGAAUUUUAGAUUUGACCAAUUUAGGGGUUGGUCUAGCCUUACUGAGAAACAUUCUGACCUUAAGAAAUUUUUUAGUUCUGACCACAAGAAAAAGAUACUUUUGUCUGCCAGGAUAAUUGAGAGUUGACUACUGUUGGAAGUCAGAAUUCCCAUGAAUUAGAAUAACUUCUGGAAAAUUAAAGUGUGAAGGUUCUUCAGAUUGCUUCAUAAAAACAAUACUAGUUUCUUUUUGCUUGCGCUGGACUUCUUGAAUUUUAAACUACCUCAUCUUGACUUUCUAGUUACUUCAACUUGCCAUUGCCUCUUUAACAUGCUUGACUUUGGCUGUUUUUUAAGAUGGAUUUUUUUUUUUCCUCUUCAUUGAUAGCCUGUUCUCUUGCCUUUUCAUCCUGAUCCUCAUUUCACCUGAUGUCAUAUUGUUCCUCUGUCAGAGAAAUGUUUUUAGUUUAAAAUACUGUUUUAUGAGAAGAAAGUGAUUCUCCAAAUGCCAUUUGUCUUCUAAGAUCAGUAAAAGAAGGAGUUAAAACAAAGUGGUGGGGGAGGGGACAGAACUACACUGGAGGAGGCAGACCCUACAAGGGAAGAGCCAUUAAUUAAGACAAUUUCAAAGUCAACUGGUUGUGAUCAUUAAUGUCACAAUAGAUCAAAACCUAAUUAUCACAGCCUAGGUAAGAGCCAUCAGUAUUAAUCAGAGAAUCUAAUAGGAAACUAUUAUCAAGAAAUUAGGUCAAAUUGAAUGCAGUGAACUUUUCAUCUUACCAUUCUGUGGUUUUUGUGUGUGUGAUGUCCCCUGGCAUUGGCAGGUGUGACCCUCACAGUUGAUCCAGGCCCCAGUGGCUAGUUUGUCACACUUUGAGGAGUUCCUAACAGACUGAACCUGACUGUCACUGCCAUUUUAAUCAGUCUUGAACUUUAUCAUCGUCUGGACUUGUUCAGUGUGAUCAGCAAUCAAUGAAAAAAGGUUUAUAUGUAGGUCUUGGAAUGGUUGGUCCUUCCAGGAAAUAGAGUAUCUGUGGUGAACAUAUACUGUGUGUGUUGAUAAAUCAUUCUUUGAGCUUCUGAUAUGUGUAGAAUCCUGCCACUCUGGCUGCUGUAACGGGGUAUGGCUUUAGUAUUUGAUUCUAAACCAGAGCAGGCUGUGGAUUUAGUCUCCACUCUCCCCUGCCCCCAUGCUAGCUUUAGGAUUAGGGUCGUGAUUUCUACCAGAAUCCACUGUAAAUCAAAAGGAGGAAGAAAAAGUAUUUUUCAUUUUGCCUCUUUUGUUAAAGCGUUACACCUCUGGUAGGAGGAAAGAAUAUUACAAGAGUCUUAUGACUAGUUAUAGAGAAUAUUUUAUCUCCUUUCUCUGAAAUGAAAAGUAGGGGAGUCACCAUUUCUAUCCUUAAUCUUGAACUGCUUAUGAAAAUGACACAACUCCCGAAGUUAAGCUGAGUCCAGAAAGGUUAGUGAGAUGCUGUCUUCUAGGAAUUUGGGGGAUGGACCAGAAGCUGCAGAGAGUAGUUGGUGUUGGGAUUCCUAUACUCCUAGUUUAGUCUGUAGAGAAUGUUGCUUCUGUCACCGCUAUUGCUAGGCUUUCCCCACCAAUCUGCAGCUCUGAGCACUAUCAAGACCACUACUGGGAAAAUGGUUCUGUUCUUCCUGCUUGAGCGUGGUCUUGCUUCAUUCUGGAUUUAGGAAUUUGGGUUACUCAGUACAGAACUUUGGGAAAUCAGUGUGACUUAGUUCUUCACCUUAAUGUUUAAAAUGUAAUUUUAUUUUCAAGACCCAUUUUUUCACAAGCAGUUUGUUUCUCCAAGGUUUCUUGCAUUAUGCUAGAUGAAUAAUAACCCUCAGUUAAUACUUGUGGGUUGAUUGAGUUUAUCUAGUUUGUAUAGUGAGGUGUUCUUACUGGCUUCCCUUUGCUCCCAAGUGUGCUCUAAAAAGUUGUGGAACAGAAUUGAGUGGAUGCUGACUAUGUAUGUGCCAACCUUCUCAACAGAUUCAUGAUGGCUGACCUUGGGCAAGUCACUCCUUUCAAUGCCUCAGUUCCCCGUCUGUCAAAUGGGGGUAAUAAUACUGACCUACCUCACAGGGGUGUUGUGAGGCAUUGUAAAUCAAAGUUGAUAAAAUAGUUUAGGGUCCUCGGUGGAGGAUACUUGGAGCUGAAAACUAGGCUUGAUACAGGAUUUAGUUCUCACCGAGUUGUCCCAAGUUUGGAACUACUUAGUGACCUAAGAAAGUUUUCUGCCCCCCACCCCUCAUCAAAGCUGCUAGUUCAGAUGUUGACAGUGUUUUUGUAAAUGUUGGGGUCUUCAUAGUCCAGCGUUAAGAUGUUUUGGGGGGAGGCACUUAGUAUUUUCUACAUCUUACAUCCACAAAGAGUGGCUCUUUCAGACCCAAGAGCAUUAGAUUAGGGAAUCAUGAAUCAGGGAUGCUACUGAUUGUUUCUCUCUGCAAGUUGGGAAUUAAGGUCCUGUGCUUCGUGAGCUUGGAACACUUGGGCUAUCUCAAGCAAAGCAUAGACAGUGGGUUUGAUUUAUAUUGUUGCUUAUCAGUUCCCAAACCAACCCCCAGACAGCUGGUACACUGCUGCCCUUUGUGGUAUCUGUACCCAAGCUUCUGUCUCCCCACAGGAACCAGCUGGUUCAAUUAAAAAACAAAAUAAAGCAAAACAAACAACAACAACAAAAAACACUUCCUCUAGCCCCCAUCAAAAAAAGCCACAUUGGAAAAAAAUUUUUUUCUAGAGUUAUGUUUAAUACUCAGAACUGGGCAUUGAUACUCUAAAGCUUCAUCCAAUUCACUGCAUUCAGCCUCUGUCAGUUCUCACAGUGUGAAGCUGACCUUUUUUUUUCCGCCAGUUUGGGAAAGCUAUGGACACCAUUUCUGUUUGCCCAGGUGCAGGCUCAAGAGCCUUACUCUCCAUCUCAGUUUAGGGACCCACCCAGCUCCUUUUUCCCAUAGGGCUCUUUCUCCUUUCCCUCUCCUUGGCCCCAGAUGUGUAACCUAUGAAAAAGCACAAGGUCCUGGCCCCCUGCUGCAGUCACAUUCUGGUUCUCUGUGUUUUGUGUACUCAGCACUGGUGGCCGCAGGUGGUUCUGCAGAAUUCUGGAGGAUGGAGAGCGCACAGUUUGACAUCCUGCCAAGUAGCCAGGAGCUGACUUGCCAGUGGCCCACAGCCUUCCCACAAGAUGGGAUCUGAGAGACUCAAGAGGCUGGGUUUCUCAGCACUCUACCAUGCUGAGUAGCAAAACAAAUCACACUUCAUAGCCAGAUUUCUGAGUGGAAAAAUGGGAAAUUGAAUUCUUUAUGGACUUUUUGGUUUGUGGGGGAGUAUUUGUUAUGUCUUGGUUUUUUUUUCAGCCAAACAUGUCUGAUUUGGAUUUUUUAAAUUUUUUAGGAUGUGAUUUUUUAUAUAUAUAUAUAAUAUAUAUAUAUAUAUUAUGUAUAUAAUAUAUAUAUAUAUCAUGCACACACACACAUAUACACACAUUCACCUUUUAAAUAUAAAUGUUCCAAAGUAAGCAAUUUAUGUGUUUCCACAACUGACAUCCAAUGCACACCUCAUUCUCCCCCUCUUCCACCCUCCUCUUUUCCCUCUUUUCAUACUCUUGUAUUGGUUCUAAUAAAUGUUUGCUUUUCAAAUA